AUGAGUGAACAAUUCAAAGAUAAUUUUUGGGGACCAAAUGGUUUCGAAACAAUUGAAAAAAGAAUGAAUCAAGGUACUGAAAGUACAAGGUUAUUCUUAUUAUUUUUAAAAGAAAGAGCAGCAAUUGAAGAGAAUUAUUCAAAAAGUUUACAAAAAUUAUUAAAAAGUACAUCACAAUUAAUUGAAUAUGGAACAUUACGUGAUGCAUGGUAUGGAGUUAGAGGUGAAGCAGAAUCACUUGUAAGAGUACAUCAUGAAUUAGGUCAAAAAAUUGAAAAAGAUAUAGUUGCACCAUUUUCAAAAUUUAAAUCUGAACAAAAAAAAGUAAAGAAAAAUUUUUUAUAUGAUGCAUAUAAAUUAAAUAAAGAGAGAAAAGAUAUGGAAAGUUCAAUUACAAAAACUAGAGCAAAAUAUGAUGAUUAUUCAAAACAAGCAGAAACAAUUGCAAUAACAAUGGAAACUGCUAAAAAUACAAAAACAGCAGCUGAAGUGGGUAAAAUUCAAUCAAAACUUCAAAAAAUACAAAGAGAUGCAAGUUCUGCUGAACAAGAUUAUAGAGAUUCUGUUAAUAAAUUAUCAAUGUAUCAACCAACUUGGGAAGAUAAAGUUUCUUCAAAUUAUCAUACAUUACAAUUAACAGAAGAAGAAAGAAUUGAUUAUAUUAAAGUACAAUUAGAGAAAUAUGUUGGAGCAAUUAAAUCAACAGUACCAGAUACAGAGACAACAAAUAGGAAUUUAGUGAAUGUUAUAACACAAAUUGAUAAAUUAGAGGAUAUACAUUGUUUUGUUAGAGAGAGUAGAACUGGUACAGAGAAACCACCACCACCACAAUUCAUUUCAUUUGGUGGUAAAUCGUCAUCUGAUUAUAUUCAAAAUAAAGCAUCAUAUUCAGCUCCAUUAACUUCAAGUGUUAGUAGUAAUAGUUUAACGAGUAGUUAUAAUUCAGCGACAACAACACCAACACCAGCACCACGUUCAACUCCAAUUAAUUUAUCUAAAAAGAAACAAGCAAAAGCAUUAUAUGAUUAUGUUGGUAGUGAUGCUACUGAAUUGGACUUUUUCGCCGGUGAUAUAAUUACAAUUUUAGACGAAGAUGAAUCUGGUUGGUUUAGAGGUGAAUUGGGUGAUAGAAUUGGUUUAUAUCCUUCAAAUUAUUGUGAACCAAUUUAA